AGUAGCAAGAUUUAGGUUCUUUCUUUACCUGUUACAAAACUUAUAUUUCUUUUUGAUCAUUCAGACUUACAAUGAGCAAACGAGGACGUAAGAGACGAUCAACUGUUGAUAUCAAGAUUAAAUACAAAACAUGCGACCUCUAUCGACAAAAGUACUGGCGCGAAAUGUACGACGAUUUUGAGAGGCAAGGCUUAAUGGAUCGCCAUCAUCGCAAGCCAGCAAGUGUUAAAAAAGAGAAACCUUCGAAGCCAAGAUUUAAGAAAACCAGCGCAAACAUACUACAUAAUACAGCUGUCGAACCUCCAAUAAGAAAAUCGUCACCUCUUCAAAUGGUUGAAAGUAGUAAAGUAGACCGAAAGAGAAAAAAAAAUGUCUCAGAGAAGACACCUGAAACGUCAAAGUUGAGUAUAGAAAAGAAAACUACUCCUAAAACCAAAAAGACAGACGAUACCAUGAAGAAGUCAACUAAAUCAGUUCCUGCUAGAGUAGUUAAGGCUCGAAUUACAAGUCAUUCAGACGAAGAAAAUUCACCCGUUGUUAAAAAACGACGAGUUGCUAUACCACCAAGCAGCGAAGACGAUCGUUCACCUUGCAAACCAAAAAAACAGCAAGCUAGAAAAAGUGUCAAUAAAAGAAAUUCAAAAACCCCUAAAGUUUCCAAAAUUAAAACGCAAAAGAAAAGUACGCCCAAAAAGAAAUCUCCUGUGAAGAAAACUAAAGAAGCAAAGAAUGUUCCUCAGCGUAGAAGUCUUCGAGAAACUCCAGAGAGAAGGAACAGAAGAAAUUCUCACGACUCUUUCGAUUCUCUUUUCAUUAGUGAUGAGGAUACAAACAAUCAAACACUAUCAGCUUGUUUACCGUCACAAGUGUUAGAGAAAAAGAGAUUAUCAUUCGAAAAUUAUAGCCCUAUUCGAAACGUGUUCAAUUCAUCAGAUGACGACGACGACGAUGACGAUGACGAUGACGAUGACCUCUCCGAUACAAAUAACAUGUACAAUUUUACCUAUACAUCAACAAUGAGAAGAAGCCCUAAGAAAUUUGCGCAAUCAGUUCCUGCUAAACUUCGAAAAUCCGUAACGUCGCCCAGGUAAUCAACGAAAUAUAAAAGGGCAAUUUAUUUUCCAAAGGAGACUGUGCUUAAAAUUAUUUCGAAUAACUGUAAAAUGAAAAAUCUGCUUCCUUAUUUAAACUCUGUUCUUUUUUUUCUGGCUUGUUUUUAUACUUAUUUUUUUUUUUUGUAAUAUUUUGCAUUUCGAACAUAUCACAAAGUGUUCUUUUUUUUUUUAAUAGAAUAUUUUAUUUAAUAGGUCAGG